AAUACUGAGACCAAGUUCUCGACGUGAAUGCUGUCCGGUCGCCUUGGAACAUUGUUGCUUGUACGAUUUCUUUGAAUGAUAUGGUACUGUAUGCGAUUUGCACCAACGAAAGAACAGUGAGAGUCUGAAAUUGCUGGGACCAGGAUAGUUUGCAUUUGAGUAUCUGACUAUGGACUAAUGACUGUAGAUGAGUAACUGAUUGAGAGCAACCGUGCCAAAGUGAAUUAUCAUGAGUACUACUAAUGAUGAUGCUAAUCCAGAGGAACAGGAGUCCCCUUUAAAUCCAUUAUGCUUUGAAUGUGGCCAACAGCACUGGACAAGAGAGAACCAUCUGUACAAUUAUCAGCAUGAAAUGGAUGAUGACCUCGUUUGUCACAUUUGUUUGCAGCCUCUACUGGAACCACUGGAUACUCCCUGUGGACAUACAUUUUGUUACAAGUGCCUCCGUAAUUUCUUGCGAGAGAAGAACUUCUGCCCAUUGGACCGUAUAAGUCUUCAUUUUAAACUGUGCAAAAGGUCCAGCAUUCUUGUUCACAAACUUUUAGACAAACUGUUGGUGGCUUGCCCUUUUGAAAGUAACUGUCAAGAAGUGAUGCAACGCUGUGAUUUGGAGGCACAUCUUAAACAUAGGUGUUUUGGAGCAUCAAACCAUAGAGCUGCUUUACAGGUAAGCAGAUCUUGCAGGUUACAAACUGAGAUUGGAAAGGACAGCAGUUCCACUGUGGCAGGGCAACCAAAGAAUGAACCAUCAGAUGCAGACCAAAUUAAGAUUGUAUCCCAGUGUUGCCAUUUCAGUGUUGCUUCAGCAGCAUCCACUUGUGCAGAUGAGCAAAGCAGAGAGAAUCCUGUCUUUGAAGGAAACACAGAGGAAAACACACUACCAAAGCAAGCUAGUCUGCCUGAAGGAGAGGUUGCCAAUAUUGAAAUCCACAGAGCCAAUCCCUACAUGGAGCUAGGUCUGAGUAUUGUAGGUGGAAAUGAAACCCCUUUGAUAAAUAUCGUAAUUCAGGAAGUUUACCGAGAUAGUAUUGUUGCAAAAGAUGGAAGGCUUCUUUCUGGUGAUCAAAUAUUGCAGGUAAAUGGUGUUGAUAUCAGCAAUGUACCUCACAACUAUGCUAGGUCUGUGUUUACACAGCCUUGCUCUACUCUACAUCUCACUGUUCUAAGGGAGAGACGCUUUGGUGGUCGAACAAAUAUCUACCCUGAUGGCAGUUGCAUGAGAGAAAAUGGCUUACAUGUGACUUUGUUUAAAAGAGACUCUAGUGAGCAACUUGGUAUUAAGUUAGUUCGUAGGACAGAUGAAGCAGGCAUCUUCAUCCUGGACCUUCUGGAAGGUGGUUUGGCUGCCCAGGAUGGGAGAUUGUGUAGCAAUGACCGGGUACUUGCCAUAAAUGGACAUGACUUGAAGCAUGGAACACCUGAAGUUGCAGCUCAAAUUAUACAGGCCAGUGGCGAGAGAGUUCAUUUUGUUAUCUGUAGAACCACAAACGAGCAGCUUUCUAAUGUUAUUCGAGAGUCAGGAUCUCUCACAAGUAAUCAACAUUUGCCCCAACACACACAGCUCCUGUAUCACAGCAGACUGAGUUCUCAAAAGGACCUGUCCCAAUGUGUUACUUGUCAAGAAAAGGAGAUCCAUGUAAAGAAAGAGCCUCAUGAAUCUUUAGGAAUGACAGUAGCAGGAGGACGGGGCAGCAAAAAUGGUGAAUUGCCGAUCUUUGUCACCAGUGUACAGCCACAUGGCUGCCUCUACAGAGAAGGGAGGAUCAAACGUGGAGAUGUGCUACUAAGCAUCAAUGGUAUUGACCUAACCUGUCUGAGUCACAGUGAAGCCGUGGCCACGUUAAAAACUAGUGCCACUUCACCAGUUGUUAUACUAAAGGCACUGGAAGUACAAACUGUGCAAGAGCAGGAUCAAGUUGCAGAUGAGCAACUCAGCACAAACACUGAGAAUGAACAUGAAACCACUUGGUCACCAUCAUGGGUCAUGUGGUUAGGAUUGCCAAGUUCCCUUCAUGCUAGUCAUGAUAUUGUCCUCCGGAGGAGUAACUCAGGAAGCUGGGGCUUUAGUAUUGUUGGUGGUUAUGAAGAAAAUCACUGUAAUCAGCCAUUUUUUAUAAAAACAAUUGUAUUUGGGACACCAGCUUAUUAUGAUGGAAGAUUGAGGUGUGGUGAUAUGAUUAUAGCAGUGAAUGGACUCUCAACAACAGGAAUGAGCCAUUCAGCUCUCGUCCCAAUGCUGAAAGAGCAACGAAACAAAGUUACAUUAACAGUGAUAUCAUGGCCUGGAAGCCUUAUUUAAAUUAAGCCAAAUGAUUAAAAAUGAUGACUGUGAAAGAACAUUGGAUUCAUUUAUUAAAAGGUUCACUGAGUAUUUUUUUUAUCAAUCAGUGACCAGCAGGAUAUAAAACUACAAUAUAUUCUUUUUGUAAAUUUUGAAAAUAUUUGCAUUUGGAGGUCAAAUCAUGUGAUCAGCUCAUCUAUUCAACAGUUUUAAAAUCAAUAGCCCUUAUUCAUAAUAAGUAAAGAUAAGCUGAUUCAUGGUUACAAGAAAUUAUGUAAUCAAGUACUAUCAUUACUGACAGCUGAACAAGUUUUAGACAGCCACAGCCCAGCACAAUGAUCUUCAAACAUCUUAUUACCAUGAAUACAGUUUUUGUAUAAAAUGCAUUUUAAUAGCAGACUUUAACGCGUGUUUUAAUUUAUUUUGUGAAAUUUUGCUAAUGUUUAAGGUGCACUUAUUUUCCACUACACACAUUUGUUGAAGUGAAAUUGUUAGCAACACUUGCAUUGAAAGCUCUAAGGUUC